GAGAAAAGAAUACCAUCCAAACUAGUCACACUUAGCAGCUAAAAUACAAUGGCCACAUCGGUAAAGACAGGAGAACUUUUAGAGUGGUUUCAGGAUCCUGCGAAUAGAUGCUACUUCAAUAGUGAUCUGCUGACAGUCAAACCUUCACCUAUUUCUUCUGGGGUGGGAGUAUUCGCCAAGAAAACACAAGCCGUUAUCCCAACCGAGGAUGAUGUGGAGGAAAACAAUUUACUGUUAAGAGUACACAAAUCAAUGGUUUUGUCGCCUCAAACGUCUACCAUUUCCAACUUGCUAUAUGAUCAUGGUCUGUCUGGUAUGUACGGCCUGGUACUAGCGUUUAUAUAUGAAAAGGAAAUGGGUGAUAAGAGCCCUUGGUGGGUAUAUUUGAAAACAAUAAAUUACAAUGACGAUAAGGGGAACUACUUACUGCCCCUAUUUCUACACUCCGAAAAAGAAAAGAGUAUUUUGAAAGGAACCGAAGUAGAUUUCAUGGGUGGUCUUGACUCCGACGACUUAUUGGAACAUUUUCAAACAAGUUGCCAGUUUGCUGAAGAUGUGUAUGAUGAAGUUGGGAUUGCUGUUCCGAAUGCUUUAAAAGAAGAAAACUUGAACGAAUUUGCGGCAAUAACUCUGGCUGUGGCAUCCCGAGCUUUUGAAAUCGACAACUAUAUUGCGUUAGGGUUGGUUCCAGGAGCAGAUCUAUUCAAUCAUGACGCAUCUGGAGAAGAAAAUGUUCAUUUUGUGACGUUAGGAGAGGUAUGUCCUUAUUGUGGUAAAGAAGAUGGAUGCGGGCAUGAAGACUAUGGUCCUCCUGAAAGCGAGGAGGAGGAAGAGGAAGAGGAAGAGGAGGAAAAAGAAGAAGUCUCUAGUGAGAGAGUGGAGGGAGAUAGUGAAGAUGAUGGCUCUGAUGCCGAAGUAAUUGAACAGUUGGAUGAAAUCACCAUGGAUUAUGUUGAGCAAAUCGAAAACGAAUUGAAAGAAGAGAAAGAACGGAAGGACGCCGAAGACCAAGAGCAGAGCGAAACAAGUGAUGAUGAAGACGAAGAAUUUGACCAUAGUGAGUUUUUUAUGAACCCGGACGAGUGUUGUGAUAUCGUUCUUGAAAGAAAGAUAGUGAAAAACAAAGAGGUGUUCAACACUUACGGAGAACUACCCAAUGCAGUGCUUUUGGUUAAAUAUGGGUUUGCAGUAGAAGACAACAUCUACGAAAGCCUAUGUGUAGGUCCACAAAUUGUGAACUUUCGUAAGGAGAACCCCCACCUUGAAGAACGUUUCGAUUGGUGGAGCUGUAUGGGCUGGAUACUACUGAGAGAAGAGGAGAAGAACAAUUCAAAAGACGAAGAGGAAGGAGAUGAUUCUGAUGAAGAGGAGGAGGAAGAAGAAGAAGAAGAUGAGGAAGAAGAAGAGGAAGAGUCCUGGUUAUUCCAAUGCAGGGUAGAUCAUCCAGGCAAGGCCAGCACACAGCUACGUGCUGUCGCAAAAUUGCUUACGAUGUCUACUGUCGAAUUUGAAGCAAUGGUUGCAGACGAGAGCUGCGACGGAGAAAUGAUAAUGAGGGAGUUGGCCAACAAAAAACCGACCAAGGAAGGCAAGGUGCUGCUGAAAAGAUGGAUUCAGGAGAGAUACGCUACCGUCGGUGACGGGAAAACUAGAAGUGGAGAGCUCAAGCGACAGCUCAGAAAGACCGACCCACAUAGCACCCGCUUCUGCUUUAUCACUGCAGUCCUCAACGAGAAAAAGUUGCUGGAGAACGCCCUCCACAAUAUCAAAUAGUUCCUUCGAAGCAAAAGUAGUUUGUAGACCUCAGUCUCUAUAUACACAGCUGGUUCUCACAGCAGCAAAAAAACAUGUACUUAUACAACAUUUAGAAAUGUCGCGUAACGACACACUUCACUGUCGCACUGUACUUUUCUCAA